AUGUCCGACAAGAAGCGACCAGUUUACGUGCAAUACGUCCUUGGAGGUCUAUCAGGUAUCGGGGCAACAUGUGUCGUUCAGCCGCUGGAUCUGGUAAAGACACGCAUGCAAAUCUCCGGUAUGGGAGGUGCGGCCAAGGAAUACAACAACACCUUCGAUGCGAUCGGUAAAAUCGUGCGCCGCGAGGGCUUGCUGGCGAUGUACAAGGGUUUGAGCGCGGCCAUCAUGCGACAGGCAACCUACACAACGACCCGUCUCGGUGUGUACACGUCGCUCAAUGAUGCCUACAAACAAAAAACCAACAAGGCGCCGAAUCUGCUCGCAUCGAUGGCGAUGGGUAUGACGGCCGGUGCGAUUGGUUCAUUUGUGGGCAACCCGAGUGAGCUGAUCCUGAUCCGGAUGACUGCCGAUGGACGGUUACCGGUGGCCGAGCGGCGUAACUAUACGGGCUUCUUUAAUGCGCUCUUCCGUAUCGCCCGUGAGGAAGGUGUCCUAUCGCUCUGGCGUGGAUGCGUACCGACAAUGGGACGUGCGAUGGUGGUGAACGCCGCUCAGCUUGCCUCGUACUCGCAAGCCAAGGCCUAUUUGGUUAGUUCGGAGCUGCUGAAGGAAGGCAUCGGACUACACUUCACCGCCAGUAUGUUCUCCGGUUUGAUUACAACGGCCGCUUCACUGCCGGUGGACAUCGCUAAAACGAGAAUUCAAAACAUGAAGGUCGCACCGGGCCAGGCCCCACCGUACAAGAGCACGAUCGACGUGAUUGUGAAAGUCAUCCGGCAUGAAGGUCUGUUUGCGCUCUGGAAGGGUUUCACCGCAUACUACGGUCGGCUCGGACCACAUACGGUGCUAACGUUCAUCAUUCUCGAGCAGCUGAACGGAUUGUACAACAAGCACAUGGGCGUGGAAGGCAACAAGUCGGGCCUAUAG